AUGGGCCCGCUCGCCCCGUUCCCCUGCACGUACACCCACAGUCGUCCCAGGCCGCACCUUGGUGUGCACCGCGCGCCCGCUGCCGCCCACCACGCCCCGCCUCUGCUCACUUGCUCGCCGGCCGCCACCGCUGCUGUCGCCUGGUACUGUUGCAGCUACCGCGUCGCUGCCGCUGCUGUUCUAGCCGCUGCUUCUGCUCUGCUGCAGGCUGCUCGCUGCUGCUGUUGCGCCCUGCUGCUGGCCCUGCCGCCGCAGCCGUCCACGCCCGGCAGGGCCUCGCCUGUCUUCGCCUAUGCAGCGCCUUGCUCCCCGCCGCAGCCCCCGCUGCCAUCUCCGCCUUCGCCCACCGCUCCUCGCGCCCGCCUCCGGCGCCCGCGCCCACCCCGCGGCCGCUCUCCCCGUUGCUCCCCGCGCACUGCCGCCGCCCUCGCCGGCCAAACGCCCGCUCGCCCUUGCCGCUCCCCGCCGUCCAGCCACUGCCCCGCGGCGACGCCCGGGUUCGGCGCCCCCGGGGCUCCUUUCGCCCAUGCCUGCACACGUGCCUAUGACAUGUGGGUCCAUCCCAAAAAUAGAAUUAAAAUUAAUUAA